AUGGGCGCGGGCUCCUCUACCAAGAAGAAGCCAUUUUCUAACCUAGAUCAGGCAAGGCCGGCGAAGCCAACGGCAGGAGAUAAUCUUUCAGCCAUCAAAGAUGGUGCGAGCAUCGAGAGAGACAAGAAGGGGAAGCAAGUAAGCGAGUCGGACGAAGAACAGGCGUCAGAUGAAGAAGUUUUGAGCACUCAGGAUGAGGGCAACACAAAGCAUGUGCAGUUCUCAGAUGAAGAAUAUUUGAACUCCAACAAGUUUGUCACGGACCUCUUCUUUGCCGCUCAAGAAGGAAACGUUGACGAAUUCAAAAAGAAUAUGCAAGCGCAGAUUCCCCUUCACUUGGCUAUUCUCAUUUCCGACGUCAAUGCUGUACGCCUCUUGCUACAGCAAAGGGCAAUCGAGCAACUCAGUGCGGUGGAUUCUAAUGGAUUGGACGCAAUGCUGUUGGCAAUGAAGAAAGCCAAGCUGAACAUGGUGAAGCUGCUACACGAAGAGUACGAAGUUCAGCUUAAGCGAGAGGCUGGAAGAAAAACUUCGAUGCACAUGGUGGCCGAAUCUGGAGAUUUACCAACGGCAGAAUAUCUCUUGGAUGGGAUAUCAAAUGACGCGGACAAGAUCAAAUUUCUGAACAGAAAAGACAAGGAGGGGAACACAGCACUGCAUAUCCUGGCGAAGAGCAUGACUAUCGGAUCCACAAGGUCGACGAUCUUCUUUUCCUUCUUCCUCCUCACACCCACCCAGCGUCCUGCAAUCGUCGCGCUGUUGCAGGCUAGAAAGCCUCUUGACUCCUCGCGUCUGGAUGCCGUUAUGGUGUUCGGCGAGGACGAGAGCCUCGUUUCGAAGCCGAACGAUGCCCUGCUGAGAGAAAUCCACAAGGAACUCUGUGACGCCAUUAAGGUAGCUGAAGGAACUUUCAGCAUGAAAGAAAUUGUUCGAGAAUCGAGCGGGCUGGACGUCUAUUUCACUAUAUUCCCAGAGUCGAGCAGCUGGAGGACGUCAAAAGAGCUCUGGGGAAUGUCAGCGAUGCAGGAGAAUGAGUUGCGAUAG